GCUGUGGAAGCUUGUACGUAGUAGUUUGCUGCGGGUUGCGUAGCCGGCGGGUUUGCGUAAUUAGACGACGGGUGAAGAGUGGACAUCGGACGAAUGCCAUCGCCGUGGAAGCUCAGUGUUUUGAAGACAAUCGCAGGUAAGUGACCUGGGUGUCACUUUCGCGCGUUAAUCAAUUAUUGAAGUUUAAGAGUUUUCCGGCCUGUGUUUAAAGCACUGAGGCGGUGGUACCGCUGGGGGUAAAGGCGAAUAGCUACCAGGCUGCACUGAGGAUUAGACGCCAAAUUCGCUUUGGCACUGCUCGCAGCAACGUUACGAGUCUGAGUUAGCAAGCGCCAACGCCCACAGCAGUCGGAAAAAUGUGCUGCUGUUGUAACUGUUCCAACACUGCCAAGAAGGUUUGGUCCUUCAUGGGAGUGGUGCUGAUCUUUGGCCUGGCCGCCUUCUUUGGUUUCGGGUUUCCAGCGAUCGUCGAUUCAGUGGCGCGACAGGAAUUUGUGAUGGAACCCGGCACGGAAGUGUACGAGAACUGGAUGGACUCUCCCGUUCCCAUGUUCAUGGACAUCUACUUUUGGGAUUGGACGAAUUCUGAAGAAAUUACCAACCCUAAUGUACGACCCAACUUUGUUCAAAAAGGACCGUACGUCUUCAGGGAAGUUCAUGAGCGAGUCAACCGCACCUUCAACAAUGAUCACACCAUCACUUUCAUGCAAAAGAGAACCUGGGAGUACGUCCCGGAGGAUUCGAAUGGAGAUUUUUACACCGACCGUGUAACAACACCGCACACAAUUCUGAUGACUGUUGGAAAGGUGGUCGAGGAAUCCGAUGACCCUUUGGUGGGUAUGCUUGUUAAUGCUUUACUCAACAAUAAUGACCUCGUGGAUGGCAUUACGUAUGAAAAUGUUUUGGUGAGAGAUAUUCUUUUCGACGGAACAGAGGACAGACUGUUGAGGGCCCUGCAGGAUUUGGCUGCGGAGGUGCCCGAUUUGGUGGGAGACCUCGAAUUGCCAACAUGGGACGGCUUCGGAUACUUCGUCGAUCGGAAUAUGAGUGCAGAGUACGAUGGAGUUUUCCGCAUGAAUACCGGUACCGACUCGUGGACUAACACCGGAUGGAUGCGAACUUGGAACGGCGAACCUUCGGUACCGCAUUACCGGGGCUUAUGCGGUCAAGUGCGGGGUUCAACGGGUUCGGUGAACGCUCCGAUGACCAGUACCCAGGCAAAUAACCCUGGUGACUUUGUGCUAUUCAUUACCGAUUUGUGCAAAGCAAUUACGCUGCGGUACGAGGGUGAUUUUGUGCUCAAUGACCUCGAGGGUAAGGUGUGGGUAGGAGAUAGUCGAGUGUUCGACAACGGUCAUAACUUCCCGGAAACCGAGUGCCAAUGUACAGCCCCAGAAGAUCAGUGCCCUGCGCUGAAGCCGGGUCUUUUGGAUGUGUCUGGAUGCAAGUUUGGUGCGCCUCUUAAGGUCAGUUUCCCGCAUUUCUACCUGGCGGAUCCUAGCUAUUUGAACGCCGUAACUGGAUUAGCUCCUAUGCGGCAAACGCACGAAUUCCGCUACGCGCUGCAUCCGUUCUCAGGCGUUCCUAUGGCCGUCAACGGAAGGCUACAGUACAAUGUACAUGUCAAGGACUACGGAAUAGAUAUUACCCAGGGAUUCCCAGACGUUAUGAUUCCUGCUUUUUGGGUGGAACAGAGGGUUCUUCUCACUCAACAAGUGAUUGAUGAUCUGAUGUACAUUGACACGCUGCGGACAGCUGGACACAUCACGGCGUUCGUGCUUCUCGGCGUUGGAAUAAUCGCCUUCGGAGUGGCACUCUACUUCUCUAUCUUCGUGUGGAAAAACUAGGCAAACUGGACGUUGAACAAGUCAACAGCAAAUAAGAGCACAUGACAUGUGAGCGAUUGUUACCAAAAUACACUCUUCUAUAGGAUUAAGUCUAGGGUCAAUUAUUAGCAAAAAAAAUUAAAAAGUGAUUGUUUUUUUAA